AUGAAGCCAAGCCGGCAACCUUUCACCAACGCCGUGCGUCCCACGACUGCGCCCAAGCCCGUGAUCGACCUCAAGCAUAUCCGACAGAACCCGACCCUCUACGAACAGACUUGCAUCGAGCGCAACUACAAGGCCCAGGCCGCCUACCCGGCGCGCAUCAUCUCCCUGCACGAGGAAUGGCAGGCGCGGCAGCGUGAGGGCCGCGCGCUGCGGGAGCGUUCGAAUUUGCUCCGGCGACAGAUUGCCAACCCAGCCUCGACAAGGACAGAGGACGAGGGAAAGACGGGGGCCAGCACGCGCGAUGAGCUCCUCGAGGAGGCCAGGCAGCUCAAGACCCAGCUCGGGGCGAUCGAGGAGGACGAGGCCCGGCUGCAGACCGAGAUACGGGGCCUGGCGUUGGCGCUGCCGAACCUGACGAGCGAGGUGACGCCGCGCGGCGACGAGCCCUUGGUGCUGAGCUACAUCAACGACCACCCAGAGCCGGUGCCCGGGUCGUCGGACCGGGUGUGGCGGUCGCACGUGCACAUUGGGGCAGAGCUGGGGAUCCUCGACUUUGCAGGGGCGGCGACGGCCAGUGGGUGGGGGUGGUACUACCUACUGAACGAGGGAGCCCAGCUGGAGCAGGCACUGGUGAGCUACGCGCUGGCGACUGCGACGCGGUACGGCUGGGGCCAGGUGAGCCCGCCGAGCAUGGUGUACAGCCACAUCGCCGCCGCCUGCGGGUUCCAGCCGCGCGACGCCAGCGGAGAGACACAGGUGUACGGGAUUGCGCAGGGUGCUGCCGACCGGGCCAGGGGCCGGCCUGAGCUGUGCAUGGCUGGCACGGCCGAGAUUCCCCUCGCCGGCAUGCGCGCCGACACUGUGCUGGAUGAGGCUGAGCUUCCCUGCCGCCGUGUCGCCGUUAGUAGGUGCUACCGCGCUGAGGCGGGCGCGCGUGGUGCCGACACCAAGGGUCUGUACCGCGUGCACGAGUUCACCAAGGUCGAGCUGUUCGCAUGGACGCGGCCUGACGCCGCCGAGGCCGACGAGCUCUUUGACGAAAUGGUCGACAUGCAGACCGAGAUCCUGGGCUCGCUGGGCUUGCACUGCCGCGUGUUAGAGAUGCCGAGCGGGGAUCUAGGUGCCAGCGCCACGCGGAAGAAUGAUAUUGAGGCGUGGUUCCCCUCUCGGGCCAGGAGGACAAAAGGCUGGGGCGAGGUGACGAGUGCGAGCAUCUGCACAGACUACCAGACACGGCGGCUCGGCACGAGGGUGCGGGUUGCCAGCGAAGGAGGCAAGAUGAGUUUCCCCUGGACGGUGAAUGGCACGGCCAUGGCGGUGCCUAGGGUGCUAGCGGCCAUCCUGGAGACCGGCUGGGACGAGGGCGACAUGACGGUCAGGAUUCCUGAGGUGCUGCGGCCUUGGAUGGACGGCCGGGAGAAAAUUGGGCUGAGGCAUAGGCUCAGGUAG